CCAUGACCUUCAGUACCCAAUACCCUUUCAACCCAAUACUUAUCUUAACCUGAAAGAGCAGAGGAACGAGAGAAAUAUCUACCCCCAUCUGUUUUGUGUAUCAGGGGAGGGUUCGGCUGUGAAGUUUGUCCAAAAUCUCAAUGUCUGAGGUGACGAUCAUGCACUCAUACCUAGUCCAGGAUCUAUAUCACAGUGCGUCAGCUUACCACGUGGAUUGGAGUGCCGGUGGCUUGGGGAUCGAAAGAUCCUCCUAUGAAACAGCUAGGUUCUCGAUAAUACAUACGAUGCCUCACUCUUCUUGACCGCGAAGUGUCCAAAAUCUGUGGGUUUGAUAGGACUCGAAAAGGCGAACAAGAUUAAGAUUGGCGGGCCGGGCGUUUUUGCAGGCUUCGUCAGAUUGAUAUUGAAUGUCCAAAACAUUACGAGGGCCGCCGUCUGGAUGAGUGUUAUAAUAAACUUGACUGGAGGGCUUGAAAAUGUCCAAAACAUUGCCAGGGCCGUGUGAUCUAUAUAAUGGAUUGAAUUUCCGUCUCAAUAGCUUUUUCUCCAGACUACAUUCAGACCUUCAUGAUCAAGUCUUCUACACGAACAAAGGAGUUUACCGGGUAUCAUGUGCAUCAUGUCUCACGUGACUAAACAACCGAACAACACAACAAGAGCUCUCACAAUGACAAGAAAAUCGAUCAAAAAGACGCUUUUGAAGAAGGUACCAUCCCGAGCAACUUCUUGGAAGAUAGUCACUAAUGGGCUAGGAUUCCCACGACCCAUUCUUAAGAACAGUAAAGGUCCAGAGCGAGGACCCAACCCGCUAUGUCGAUUUCAAGAUGAGGCUCGACACAGGAUGCGAAGUGCACGAUUUGAUUGCAUCUGAAGUAGUCGCUCAGCUCAACCUCAAGGACAAGAUCGAGAUCAACGAAGAGGCAAUAUGUGAUACCCUAAAUGGGGAACAACUUUGCUCAAUUGGCACCAUCCGACUUCAUUGGAAGGGCAAACGGUUCAGAAAGAUCUUUGAUACAAAGUUCCAUGGUAAUAUCGAACCCAUUAUCUUCGAUUUCCAGAUUCUUAAAUGAUCAGGAAGAACAUUUCCCCUAACGCAAACUCCAUAAGACACGUGCUAAUCUUGUGCAGUGAUUAACAGUCCUUCACUGCCAUGGCAAGUAAUCCUUGGCGCGGAAACAAUCCAUCAACAUAGGAUUCUGAAGUUCGAAGGGUUUGAAGGAGCACGGUCGUUUCUUAAUAAAGAGAAAAAAGGCAAGUAUUCUUGGGAUGGCUUUUAAAAAAUGAAAAAUGCGAAACUAACCAAAGCAUGAAAUAGAAGACAAAGCAAAUCGAUCAGCACGAAAGGAAGAGCACAGGAAGGAGUGUGAGAAGAAUGAUACCAAAAAAGCUGCUCACAAGAAGAAGAAAGAUGGAGAUAAGGACGCGGGAAGGCGGGAAGAGUCCUCGUCCAACGGUUCUUGA